AUGGACUCCGACAGUUUUAUUCAACACACUGAAGGAGACCCGGAGGCCACUUUGAGCCCUUUCUCAGACAGCUCCAACUGGAUGGACGAUGGAAACGAGACGAACUGGAACCAGUUCCAACAACCCGGCUGGCAGGUGGCUCUCUGGGCCAUAGCUUACUCUGUCAUCAUUCUGGUGUCCAUCACCGGCAACGUCACAGUGAUUUGGAUCAUCUUGGCUCACAGACGCAUGAGGACCGUCACCAACUAUUUCAUUGUAAACCUGGCCUUCUCUGACGUAUCCAUGGCGACCUUCAACACUCUUUUUAACUUUGUCUAUGCGCUUCACAACGACUGGUACUUUGGUUCGGGUUACUGCAGGUUUCAGAACUUCUUCCCCAUCACGGCCAUGUUUUCAUCAAUUUACUCCAUGGCUGCUAUUGCAGUGGACAGGUACAUGGCCAUCAUCCAUCCCUUAAAGCCUCGUCUCUCCUCUACAUCCACAAAAGUGGUGAUUGCUGUGAUCUGGAUGGUGGCGUUCUCUCUGGCCUUCCCUCAGUGCUACUACAGUGUGACAAGAUUUUACUACCCCAGAACUGUGUGCAUGGUGGACUGGCCUGAUGAUUAUGGAGGAACACAUCAACUAAGCUAUCAGUUUGCCGUGAUCCUCCUGAUCUACUUGGUCCCUCUGCUGGUGAUGCUGGUGACCUACAGUUUAGUUGGCCGAUCACUGUGGGGUGGCCACAUCCCUGGGGAGGCUUCAGAUCACUACCACAGCCAGAUAACAGCCAAGAGAAAGGUGGUGAAGAUGAUGGUGGUCGUGGUGGUGACCUUUGCUCUCUGUUGGAUGCCCUACCAUAUUUACUUCAUUCUGGGCUCAAUUAACAGAGACAUUUAUAAACAGCAUUACAUUCAGCAGGUAUAUCUGGCCAUUUUCUGGUUGGCCAUGAGUUCAACCAUGUACAAUCCUAUUAUUUACUGCUGUCUAAAUCAAAGAUUUCGUGCCGGUUUCCGUCACGCCUUUGUUUGGUGUCCCUUCAUCAACGUGUCGGAGGAGGACAGGAUGGAGCUGCAGCACAAAAACACUUUCAGAGCCACAGUGACGCGCAGCCGACGCAGUGAAACGUCACACACGCACGCCUCCAUCAAAACUAACAGCACGGAGAGAGAUGCAUGUUUGCAGAGGAAAAAACAGACAUGCAGCACAUCCAAGUCACAUCUGCCCAAGAAGAUGGAUUUAACAACCUCAGCUGCCAAAUAUACGGAGCAAAGCCCUGGACUUUAA